AUGGGAAACGGCGCGAAAGCCGCAACGAAGCGGGAGCGCAACGCGAAGAACGAGACCAAGGGACCUACGUCCCAGCUCAAAGCGAAUGCUUCAGCUAUGAGUAUCAAAUGCAAGACCUGCCUGCAGACAUUCAUGGUCACGGCCAAGAGGCCUGAUCUCGAGUUGCACGCCACCAACAAGCACAACAAAACUUACGAGGAAUGCUUCGCUUGA